CCCCCAGAACACAAAGAUAGGUUAGUAAUCAGAAAGAGCUCCAUCAAAGUGUACUCCUGUGUCAUCCGAUCUAUAAAAUAAGGAAAAGAUCCGGAGGAUCCAACCAAUCGUUACUAGUGCUAUCCAAGGAAGGUACAAGUGGCAGUGCAAGUGAUUUCAAAGGUGCGCUACGAGCAUCCCUUUGCUACGAUCAACACAAGUGCUAAGCGGAAACUUUAUCAAACAAACAUCUAGUCAACAUGCCACGACGAGGACGAACUGCUUCGCCACCGCCGGCGGCCCGUAGAGCCCCGCCUGCUGCUGCCCCGGCACCAGCGCCAGCGCCAAAGCAACCCAUGGUUCAACAUGCGGCACCGGCGGCCGUCGCCCCGCCAAUGGCUGCCCCCUCGCAGGGACCCGGUCUGAUGGCUCAGAUGGCCGCUACGGCCGGUGGUGUUGCCAUCGGUUCGGCUGUGGGCCACACCGUCGGUCACGCACUUACGGGAAUGUUCAGCGGUUCCGAUUCGAAGGAAGCGGCCCCGGUCGCAGCCGCCCCCGCUCCACAACAGUACGCCCAGGCACCGGCCGCGACCGGGGAGACGGGUCCGUGCGCUUGGGAAAUGAAACAGUUCCUGUCCUGCGCCCAGAACCAGCAUGACCUGACGCUCUGCGAAGGCUUCAACGAGGCGCUGCGUCAGUGCAAGGUGCAGCAUCAUCAGAUGUAGAGCGGAACACACCGCAAAGCCGUUGGCUCGUUGUGCUGUAGCAAAGACACGUCGAAAACAUAAAAAUUAUCUUAAACAAUAACAUAAAAAGAAAAAAAAAUUUAAACCUCACACGACGGUCGGCUCUUUUCUGUUUUACGUAACACUUAGCAAGUGAAACGAAAAUUAGUUCGUGAUAAAAAUACGCGCAACAAAACAAAUAUCCGAAGAGCGUGUAGCCGGAGUUGAGCGUAAAUCGGGUCUAGGUUACAGUUAGCUUCGCUGCUUCUGCCAUCCUGCGAUACCAUCGUCACGAUGGUGACGUGCAGUCUCCCAGCCAGAAGAACAAAAUGUAUAGGGCUAAGUUAGUCGAAAUAAAGCAUAAGUUUAGUAGUUCCUUAGCAUGA